AUGGUUAAUCUUGGUCGAGAUUGCUGGCGCUGGAUCUCGUCGCCGAAGCGCGGUGAACUAAGAAAAGGGGGUAGGUUAAGAUCAUCGAUCAGCAUUACAGGAUACUUCUGUGUGCUUCCCAGCAUCAUUGUCGAAGCUUUCGGCGUUUCAGAGACUCCCUACCUAUUCUGCUAUAUGAGAAGCCAGAUCUUCCUGGGUUACGUGGAUACUGAUGACUUACUAUACGGCCGAGGCACAGCUGUGAAUAGAUUUGAUGGGGACGCCACUUUUUUGGCGAACACGACGUACCCGUACACGAUUGGAGGUAGAUUAGUCGCUUAUAUCGCUAUGACUGCCUAUGAUCGUGCUUCCGAUAUUAAUAGGGCUGGAUUUGAGGUUAGUAAGGAGGCGGAAUAG